AUGAGUCAUGGGUUUUGGAGUAGUGUCUUGAAGAUCUUCAGCCCUCUGGUGAAGGUUCUAAGGCUGGCUGAUGGGGAGAAAGUACCUUCUCUUGGAUUUAUUUAUGGUGAGAUUAUCGAAGCUAAGAAUUCUAUCAAAGAAGCUUCAAAUCAUUUGGAGAAGAACUACCAACCUAUCUUUCGAAUCAUUGAUGAGAAAAUGAAAGAUAGAUUAGAUACUCCUUUGCAUGUGGCUGCCUACUUUCUCAAUCCAUAUUAUUUCUACAAAGAUCCAGAAAUUCAAAAAGACUAUGAAGUCAUGGAAGGAUUCAUAGCUUGUGUAGAGACUUAUUAUCAUGGCGACUUUGAGAAGCAAAAUAGGGUUGUCAAUCAGGAGCUUAGUCUACAAGAGCAAAAGUGGCUCAUUUGGGAACUGGUGGUCAACAUAUGGAUGUGGUACACCAACUCUUCAAAAAUGGCUACAAGGAUCCUUGCUUUGACGUCAAGCUCUUCAGGAUGUGAAAGAAAUUGGAGUUGCUUUGAAGGGAUUCACACAAAAAAGAGAAAUAGGCUAGAUGCCAAUCGCUUAAAUAGCUUAGUCUAUGUGCAAUUCAAUGCAAAGCUGUUUAAGAAGCAGAAAAAAACCAGAGAGCAAAAUGCUGAUGUGAUAUUCGAUGAUGGUAAUGAAGAUACAGUGGAAGAGUGGCUUGUGGGCCGUGUACCAGACAUAUACAAUGAUCUUAAUUUGCUACUUGUAACCCAAGCUCCAAGGGUAAGAGAUUUAUAUGAUGAUGACUUUGAGUCUGAAGAAGAUGAGGAAUAUGUUGUGGACAUGGAGUUUGAACCAGAUGUGUAUGCUAUAAGGUCUAACUCCUAA